AUGGAGGUGUCUGGUGGCGAGGACUCAGCAGGCCAGAAUGUUGGUGUAACUGGCGAGGUUAGCCUUCGCAAGGCGGUUAUGGAGGCACUCCGUAUGGUGGCUGGACAGAAGUCCCAGAACGCCCGAAACGGAGUGCUGAGACACGCGAAGGCGACUAUUAUGAAGGCCGCUCGGCAAAACGGGGCGCCUUUAGCAGCAGGGCGGCAGAUGACCGCCUUGCAAAAAGAGCUGGGGGAGAUGCGGCGGGAAAUGGCCCGGUUGACAGCCUCCAAUGCGGCUAUGGAGGCCGAGCUUCGGUCGGCUAAGGCCGAGCUCGCCGCUGCUCGCGGAGGUCGAGGCCAGCCUUCACAGUCAACGGAGGCUGACAUGAUCGGCCUAGUGCGGCGGGAAAUGGCUGCGUUCCAGCAACGUUUUGACGUGCUGGAGGGCAGGAUCCUCCGCCCCCCACUAGCAGCGAGUCAAAGAGCACCAAAAACCUUUGCAGCUGCAGCGGCGACCAAUUCUGGUCAGUCAAGCCGCUCUGCUCAAGGCCAACCGCCGGCGAGAGAGCUGGUAGCCUCGCCAGCGCAGGCUCCGGCUGCACCGGCUGCCAAGGCGCCGAUAGGUCGUAGGCGCAGGGGCACAGUGAAUCAGCCGGCUGUUGCCCCAACCGGAGUAGAGCCUACCCCAGUUUCAGAUUCUCCUGUUGAUGGCGGCCAAUGGCACGUGGUUGGAGAGGCUAGGAGGGCCGCCAAGGAGGGACGAAAGCGCCCUGUAACUGUUGCUGUAGCUGUAACUGUUGCUGUAGUUGUUUCUGUAACUGUAGCGGUUACUGUAGCUGUAACUGUAGCUGUAACAGAUGCUGUAGCUGUAGCUGUAACAGAUGCUGCAGCAGUUGCUGUAGCUGUAGCUGUAACAGAUGCUGCAGCAGUUGCUGUAGCUGUAGCUGUAACAGAUGCUGUAGCAGUUGCUGUUAGCAUCAAGGACAACAUUUAA